UUAGCCGUUUCCUCAAACCAAAUCCCCCCACCUUCGACCCUCCCGCCACGAUAAUGGCCACGUCAGCUUUUGGAGACAGACCACAGAACAAACUAGUUUUGUUUGAUGUUGAUGAUACUCUUACACUCCCUCGUCAACGUAUCACCCCUGAGAUGGCCGAGCUUUUGAAAGAACUGAAGAAGAAAGUAGUAGUCGGGUUUGUAGGAGGGUCUGAUCUGGCUAAAAUCAGCGAACAAUUGGUCAUUGAUGGACUCCGUGCUAUAGAGUUCUUUGAUUAUGCAUUUCCUGAAAACGGGCUCUCUGCCUACAAAAGUGGAAAACCCCUGCCAUUCCAAUCGUUCAUUAAUUGGCUGGGCGAGGAGAAAUAUAAAAAGCUGGAACGGGAUGAUCAAUGUCAGCCCAAUAGGAAGAAAUGCAUCGUGAGCGUGCCAUCUAUCCUGAUUCUAAUACUCACACUGCACAGUAUUGCAGAACGUAACGAGUUCCAAGCCUAUGACAAGGAACACAAAUUAAGAGAAGAUUUUGUGAAAGUACUACGGGAGAAAUUUGCGGACUAUGGACUGACCUAUUCCAUUGGCGGCCAAAUAUCUUUUGACGUCUUUCCGAACGGAUGGGACAAGACUUAUGCCCUCCGUCAUGUGGAAAAUGAAGGAUUCGAGGAGAUAUAUUUCUUCGGUGAUAAAACAUACAAGGGAGGGAAUGACUACGAGAUCUAUUCUGAUAGUAGGACAAUAGGGCAUUCAGUGAGCGGUCCUCAGGAUACCGCACGCAUAGUAAAGGAGCUGUUCUUGUGA